AAAGUACGGCUCUCGCAAAUAAAAAAAUAUUUAUGCAAUAAUUCAUUGUGUCGCGAGCUAUCGAAUAUUUUAUUAAAAAACAGCCGAGUUUUGUGUUUCAAAGAAUAAAAUUAACAAACGAAUGUGUGUCGCCUCUCGAGCAAAUUCGCAUUUAAUUUGCAAAAGUGUGACACUUGAAUUACACAAUCUGGAUGCCUCGCCGAUUUCUCAACAUCGCUACGACAAGUCCACGUGAUUUUAUUAUGAAGUGUCGACUCGGCAAAUCGCCGAGUUGGGAUUUUGAAGCGACAUUGACGAAAGUCCGAAGUAAUACAGUGUGAUAAAGUUUGGUAGAAUGUCAAAAGCCAAGUACGAGGACAGAAUUCCUUUCUUCCUGGACGAAAGCGAGGUCAGGAUUGUUGAUGUGCCGUAUAUGUACAGCGAAGGUCCCAUUCAGAGUGCUCAAUACAAUUCCCCGAUGCUCAAGGGUGCCGCACAUCAAUUAAAAAGAUGGCCGAACGACUUGUUCUCCUCAUUCAUGACAGCGUGUCUCAUCAUUAGCGGCUUAGUCCUUUUUGCUUUCGUCACGGCAAUAUUUUGCUCCCCCGCAAUUAGCGAUGAUAAUUGCUGUGAAUAUAAUAUCUUCGAAGAUGAGCGUAAAUUAAAUGUCUAUUUCGUGAAAGAAGCUACGCAAGUUUGGUCCAAAAAAGAAUUCUGCUAUAUCGAGGCUGCAGCGAGAGAGCAACCUGAUCUGAAUAUACACUUGAUUAAUUUGAUGCGUACUUCCGAUGCGUUAAACAUCCCGGAAGCUCAUUUCAAAAUAGCACUAGCCACUCAAAAUACUAAUAUUCGCAUAGCCGAUUUAUCGAUUGACGAAUUUUUCAGCAAGUCAAAAUUAUUAAGCGUUGCAAACAAUUUGAACAACGGAUUAUUGCUGAUGGCAGCAAGAGCAUAUUUACUUUGGAAUUCGCCCGGAGUUGCUAUGCAGCCUAGCACGUAUUGCAACUUGUCGAAAAUGAAUAAAUUUCAAUGGACUAAGGGAGAAAAACGAGAUUACACGUCCAGCAAAUUAAUUACGAUUGACCCGACCAUCGAUUUGCAAGCAACAGAAGUACAAUGUCAAGCAUUUUUAGGAUUUUUAUUAAAGGAAAUAUCGAAAAAUACAACGCUUUAUAAUUUAAAGGACGCCUUACAUAAAUUUUGUCCAAGAAUUGAUAAAUGUCCUGAAGUACAAAUACUUAAUUUAAAAUCACGAUGCUCUGUCAAUGUUUUCGAUUGUCCUACCGUCCAUAUGAUUGAAAAUUUUUAGAAACUUACAAUAUAUAAUUUAAACAUCUUGCCUUUGUAA